CGUUAACACACGGGGAGGGGAUGCGCACGCACACAGCACCUACACCUCAGUGGCUCACGCUAAUCUGCCGCGUUAUUAUCACGGGGCAUCUGACUGACCGGCCGCACCGUGAACCUGCAGGAGUCGCUCGCCGCGAGGAGACCAUGAUCAACAUGAAUCGCUCUCCGGACAGCAGAACUUGAGAAAUCACCGAAACUGUCCCUCAUAGUAAACCCAGAAUUUCCUCCACUUCUAUCACCUGGAAUUGCUUCUGCACCAGAACUAACCAUGCUGUGGAAAACGGGACUGAUUUUUCUGUGCUGGGGCUUGACGUCCGGGGAACUCCAGGACAGACAGUCCGCUACUCCUGCUGCUCCAGCGAGGACAACUUUGGAUCUCGGCUCCGUCCCUUCCGGAGUUUACGAUACUGUCGCCUAUUACGAGCCUGGGGGCAUUGGGAUUUUAUUUAACAUGAUGCACGCUUUUCUCUAUGUGGUUCAACCCAACCCGUUUCCUGAAGAUCUCGUCGUUAGAGUGGCAAAGGAUAAAUUCGGAGCCAUACAAUCCGAGUACCAGAAGCCAGAAAACAUUGUUCUGACACUACAGGUGAUUUAUUAUGAGCUUGGUUUUGUGGUGUGUGCGGCACUGGGCCUGCUAUUCACCGUGCUGCUACCGCUGGUGGGGCUUCUCUUUUGUUUGUGCCGCUGCUGUGAUAACUGCGGAGGAGAGAUGCACCAGAGACAGCGGAAGAAUGCAGACUGCCUUAGAGGACUGCUGACCACACUGUUACUCACCACCACCUUCAUUAUCACGGCAGGGGUCCUUUGUGCAUAUGCAGCCAAUCAGAACCUGAGUUCUCAGCUGAAGAGCAUGAGGAGGCUGGUGAAGAGUAACCUGAAAGACCUGCACACCUUCGCCAAUCAGACCCCGGCACAAAUUGAUUACCUGAUCUCCAAGUAUGACACAGUGAAGCAACAUGUGCUGCAUGACCUGGAGAAUGUAGGUGUAAUCUUGGGUGGAAGGAUACAUGAGGAGUUGGGAAAGGACGUGCAGCCCGCCCUCGAUGGGGUUCUCAGCAUGACUGAAAUUAAAGUGGAGAAAGCCAUUAAAGCAAUGCGAGACACUAAGGAUGCUCUAGAGAAUGUGAGUUUGAGCUUGGAAACUUUGCAGGAAGGGACAGUCAAACUGCAGGCGAACCUCAGCCUGGUGCGUGGCAGCCUUAGCAAUGCCCUCAAUGAUCCUGUCUGCACAGAUACGCUAUCGAAUGAGAUUUGUCGCAACAUACGAAACACCCUUCCCAAACUAGAAAUUGCUGCCAACUACUCAUCGUUGUCUGAUGUGACCGACCAGUUAGACAAAGUGAAUGAAGUUCUAAAGACAGAUCUUGGUCAGAUUGUGGAAAAGGGCUUUGCAUCAUUCAAUCACACUCCCAACUUGGUAACAGAUCAAACCCGAAAUAUUGUGGAAGGGGUGAAGGUUCUUCUGGAGGAUGUUGGAUCAAACGUCACCACUUUCACCAAGCUAUUCCCUGUUCACAGCACUCUGACCAACUUCACCAAAAUGAUCUCUCACACACACUCGCAGAUCGAGGACAUAUACCCUCAGGUCGAUCAGAUGGAUUUCUACAGGUGGAUCUGUUGUAUUACCCUGUGCUGUAUGGUUGUGCUUAUCCUCGCCUUCAAUUUUCUGGGUCUGUUGUGUGGUAUUCUGGGAUUUGACAGGCACGCCACUCCAACCACGCGUGGCUGUGUCUCUAACACGGGAGGCAACCUGCUCAUGGCUGGUGUGGGCUUCAGCUUCCUGUUCUCCUGGGUGCUCAUGGGAGUGAUAACAGCUCUCUUCUUGGCAGGUGGGAAUUUAGAAAAGCUUGUGUGUGAACCCUUUCAAACCCGACAGCUGUUUAAGGUGUUAGAUACUCCCAACUUGGUCAACUCUGCUUGGAAAAACUUCAUACCAGGAUACCUGUACAAUGAUCCUGAGAUGGACCUUACAGCAUAUUCUCUCUACAGUAAUUGUAAGGACAACAGAGGGAUUUACUCAGCUCUUCAUCUGGAUAAAGUCUUCAACAUCUCUGCCUUCUUUAACACCAGUGUUGUGAGUGGAUCAAGGCUCUGUUCAUGUGCACACGCAAAAUAUGUGAAAGCAAGGAGCACACUUAAUCAGAGCAUCAGACUUCUGGAGAGGAUAUCCUCAGACCUGCCUGUCAGAGUUAGAGACGUACUAGCAGCCGUUGAUGCAGCCCAGUACCUAAUUUCCCAAAAUUCAACAUUUGUGAUCAAUCAGGAAACCGAGAAAUACAAGCAGACUAUUAUUGGCUAUUUCAAGCAGUAUAUCAACUGGAUCAGGACAUCUCUGGCCCAGGAGGUCGCUACCUGUAAACCACUCAGCAACAUUGUGGACACGGCCGAGAUCCUGGGCUGCAGUUUCCUGCUGGAUUCAAUGAACACAUUCUGGUUUGGAUUGGGCUGUUCCACACUGUUUCUGCUCCCUAGCAUUAUCCUGUCUGUCAAACUUGCCAAGUUCUACCGCAGAAUGGACACAGAGGAUGUCUAUGAUGAUGAUAUUGGAAACUGGAAUUAAACCUUUGUGGAAUACUCUCUGUCAACGGCAGGCUCAGCUCUUAAGAAAAGGAAACUCACACACUUGAAGCUCGGACCUGUUGUCCAUGUUCCCAUCACAUCAAGAUGUUUUUUAUCGAAUUGUUGUUGUUUUGACUAUUUUGCACCCUUCUGAUUAUAGUACUGUCUUAUGGACUGUCCCCUCAACGAUCCUCUGAACUCACAUCCUGUCAUAGUCAGGGAGGCUUCACAGUAUCUGGCUGUUUUAACUACUACAUGUGUCUUUGUUUACAGUCAUUGAGAAAUCACGUGUGAUGAGCAUAACAAUGCUUCGACUGCUGUUUCCUUUUUUCUUUUAACAAUGUUGCCGAGUCUUGUCCACUGAGCAGCCGAAUGGGUUUUUAUUGAAACAGAUCAAGCCAGCCACCCAUGAGCUACAAAUAUUACAUGUAAACAAGGAUAUAUAGGUUUUCAAAAACAUGCUAAGUGCUAACUAGUAUUAAUUCGGUAAAGAUAGAUGUUGUCAAGCCAUUUUAAGGGUGAAUGCAUUGUUGCCUUUUCAGACUUUUAGCUAGUGAAACAUGUUAGCCACAGUUCACAAGAGCAGGUCUUAGAUUAUUUUGAAGUGGAGAUCGCUAAACCACAUUUGAUACAGAGUUGUGGUUAGCAGUUUAAGACAUCUAUAUACGUUUAUGCUCACUUUUGUACUGAAAAUUUAAGAUAUGAUGCAUUUGUAUUUAGUAAUACCCCUAAAAGAUCUUGCUAGUUUUACAUACUUCAGUUUAGCUGAAUAUAUCAGUUAUUAAUAUUUCAGUUCCUAAUUUUGCUGACUUGUACUAACAAUUAUUGUUCUCCAACACGUU